CGCCAUUCUGACAUAUGUCACCCUAAGCUGCUCAUAAUUUUUUAUACCUGCUGAAGUGAGGACCUUGCUCUGAUAGGUAAUCGAAGAAUCUACAAAAUAUGAAGCCCAAAUCUAAAGAUAACAAGCCCUCGAAUUUGGAGGCUGCGCUCAGUUUUAUAAUGAAGAAAAAUCGCGAUGAUUUGGGCGGGAAACCUCGGCAGGCAGCCGCCAGGAUGGAAAAAACCCCAUCGCCAGGGCCCUCGGGAAGCAAGAAACCCGCUAAGCAUGGAUUCUGGAAGGACAAGAGGGACAAUGACCGGGACCGACAGAUGUACAUGAAUAGCAUUACGAUGAUUAAUGAUGGACUGCGCGAGAGAAUUGAGCAGGCGGAAAAAACAAAGAAUGCAUUGAUGGAAUCGAACGCAAUCCUCAAAUUGGAGAUUGAAGAUUUGACCCAAAAGAAGACCGAAUUGGAUCAAAUCCUCAGGGAGAACACUUGUUCGAUUUGCCUCUUGGGGUGGCAUCUCUAUAGCGGCCAUUAUCCGAUGUCUUUGAAAUGCGGCCAUGUUUUCGGGAGCAAGUGCAUCCUCCAGCACUUGGAAUGUCGCUUUGGUUGUCCCACCUGCAGGAAGCCGGUGCAUUUUCGUUCACUACGCGGCCUCCACUGCUCAUAAUAUAAGACUGGACUCUAAUGCUUGGAAACGCUGAACUUAAUACAUUUACUAUUUAUAAUACUAGUACAUUAAUUAAAUCGAACGAGCUUAUGAUGCACUAA